AGAAGCCUCUUAAAUGUUGAUGAUGAGGGUUAGGGUUGGCUGUAGUGAGCAGAAUGAGGAGGGUUAGGGCUGUGGUGGUUCUGCCCUCUUUGUGGUGCUAUGAAAGUGCCUGCCACAGGUCCUUUGCUCAGUCUCUGCUGAGGUUCCUAGGCUUCAUCUUCUGUGGUACUGCUGUAGCUCAGGCAUUUGGCGGCAUUUUGGUCAUCCUGGUGUUAAAGAACUAUGGAUUUUUAUUUCAGGAGUCUUACUUGUCUCUCCCUGGUUGGCUGGCUCUUGCAACUGCACUUAUAUUGCUGCCUACUGGAGUUUUGGCUAUCUCUGCUUCUGUUAAGUGUUCCCGCAAUCAGCAAGGGACUCUAAUGUACUUGCUGCUGCUCCUUCUUUGCCUAGAAGUGUCUUCAGCAGCUCUGGCAUGUUCCUACUGUGUUAAGACAUCUUCUCAGCUGGAAGGUGCUAUGGGUUACCUUGUCCACCAGCACAACUGGACAUGCUCCCAGGAUCCUGGAAAUGAAGCUGUGGAUAUGAUACAGAGGAAGCUGCAGUGUUGUGGGGUCCAUAACUACACAGACUGGCUAAAGUCAUCAUCUUCUUCUUGGUAUUAUCCACGCUGUGUUCCUGAAAGCUGCUGUAAGGAGAAGCAUUCUCACUGCAGGGGGGACUUAGACCAUAUGGAACAACUUUCUGAGGAAGGCUGUCUAAAGAAGCUGGAAGACCAGUUGUGUUUUGCUAUGCUGUACAUUUUUUGGUGUUGUACUAUGCUAAGCAUCUUGGAGCUCUUGGCUGGUGUAAGCAAUGGCAUUCUCAUGAGACAUCAGCCAUUCUAUGAACUCAAUAUUCUGGACUCAUACACCUUCUUACAGGACUAUAGGUACUAGCUGCUUUGCUGGACCUGCUGCACGUUUCCUCAGCUUUUUAGUACUUUGUUGUUGCAUUAGAACACAAUUAAAAAAAACUUUAUGAUCACUGCUGGAUUUUUUUUUUUCUUUAAUGUCAUGAUAUUAGUCCAGUUCUCCCAUUCUCCCACAGUUGGUUUUUUCCCCCUUUUUUUUUCUUCAAUAAACAUUCUGUAUCUGAAAAUCUUCUGGGGACACGUCUUCAGCAUGUGCAGACAAAAAACUACUGUAUGUGAGUGCAGCAGAAGCAGUGAUAAAAGGCAUAUCUGGCUAGGGCAGCGUCUGAGACCAUGAUCUGAACUUUUGGACUGAAUCUUAACUGUAGUAGAAUCUUGUAGAGCAAUUAAUGUGCACAUAUUUCCAUUUCCAAACUUGU